AACAAACCAACUAAAUCUACGAUUGGACUCGUCUCAACAAUCAAUUGGCUUGUCGGCACUCUGAGUUAUGGCAACCAUGCACCUGGAGUGCGACCUUUUUAUCGCUUGUUGAACUUGCCGCCAUGUCCGCUCUGGAGGUCAAUCAGACGCGUACACUGUUAACAUAUGUGGCUGCUUGUGCCUCGUUCUUUUGGAUCACAAAUGGCUUCGUUAAUCCAAAUCUGAUAGAGUUACCUCGGCUGUCCUUUGUACUGGUCUGUCUGGUUGGAUGUUGUGGCGCUCAUUUGGGCGCCAGCCAGAUUUCACGAUGGGUUCCUGGCUCCAGUGGAAGAUUUGAAUAUACAAACGACUCAGAAAAUGAGGUAUUGACUGCCAAGCAAUCAUCUUCUGGCCUUCCACAGCGACCCCGGAGGUACUUUAUACCGCUAUUGGUAGGGCUUGUUGUCCUGCGCCUCGAGAUUUUCCUUGGCACGGAACAUCAAUGCGCGCUGCCAGGCUUCGAGGCGCUUCUUCCUCUCAUUGUACUUUAUCGCCAGUUACGGCUCCCUCAGCCACAAGCUAUUGAAGAUGACUCAAAUCCAGGUCUAGGCCAAUCACUUCGAUGGAUCUCAAUCGUUGGGUCUAUCUUGACCUCAAUCGGGGCUUGGCUGGUUUCACUGCACACGAGCCAGUCUACGGUGUUUUGUUCGCGUGGUGUUUUGAAACCAUGGACGAUUACGCUGCAAAUCGUUGGUCUAGUUUCCGAGGCUGCCAUAAUCGAGAUACUCUGGCGCGUACUUUCUAGGCAACGAACAACCAAGCAGUUGAUAACCACCGUAGCUGGUGUCUUACUUCAAGCGGCUAUAGGAGCAUCGAUUGCCCUUGUCUUUCAAUAUGGGGUUGAUUCCUUCUGGGCCGGGACGAUGAAUCAACAGUCAGUCAGCUCGUGGAUCACCUAUAGCCUGGAUAUCUUGCUAUUUGGGUGCCUGCUCGCUGUUUUCAUCCUCUCAUCUGCAUCCUUGAUGAAUCAGGUGGGCCCAGCCUUUCUUGUCCACAUCCUUGCAAUCACUUGCGGACUUGUUGCUGUGGUCAUCAACACUGCGGCUAUUGGGACCUGGCAUGGUCUGGCGACGAGCUCCGUCAUCCUGAGCAUGCUGCCCUUGGUCAUCGGAGCAGUCUUAUUCAUUCAUAGUGCGCGGGCUGUAUCGCCACUAGUGUCCGCAUGUCUGGUUCUAAUACUAUUCUGUUUUCUCAUUGGUACAAGUAUUUGGGCCAUUGUCAGGCGUGGUCAUCCAACUCGUACGCAUCCGCUUCAUACUAUGAUAUCAGAUAUGCGGGUCGAAGCCGAUCGUUGGCUUGUCCAUGCAUCUACGAGCGAUUCACUGCAUAUCGCCGUCAAAGAAUACCGACAGAGAUAUGAUGGUCGAGAGCCGCCGAAAGGUUUCGAUUUAUGGUAUGCAUAUGCAGUCGAACACAAAUCGCCCAUCAUCGACUUUUUUGAUCAGAUCCAUCGGGAUCUGCAACCGUUCUGGGGAUUAAGCCCCUCGCAGAUACGCAAAAGUAUUGAGAAGCUUGAGCUUGAGCCAGACAUGGUUGUGAUAAAGGUUACUGAUGGCCAAGUUAGUCACGGUGCUGCUCGGAGCGAGCAUAUGGACGAGAUCAACGGACUGGUGGAAAUGAUGCGGUCGUUUUCAAAACACCUUCCAGACCUCCAAAUUGCCGUCAAUUUGGACAAGAAUCCACGUGUUCUUGCGCCUUGGGGAAAUACGGGUAAGCGAGUAUUGCCCGGGACGAGAGGACGCUUUUCCCGACGAGACAAUCCUCAAGACAACGAAUCGGAUGGAGCAGACGGUGAAGAGUCUUUGCAGCCCAAUGUACCAGCAGGGUCUUCAGGAGAUGCCGCUGUCAGGGCGGAAAAGCCGCCCGCUCCAUACCAAAUGAUUGGUCCGGCUGAAUUCCGAAGGCUCAACAUGCAAGCUUGCCCUAGGAGGUCAACCAUGCGUUCCGCAUCUUAUUGGAAUACUCGAGACAUUUGCGUCUCUUGCUUCAACCAAGAGUCCUCGGGAGCAUUCCUGAAGGAUUGGAUGCUUGCCUCUGAUCUUUGCCAUCAGCCUGAUAUGCUUAAACUGCAUGGCUUCUUCAUGUCGGCUCCACUCACCACACCGCUAACCGAUCUACAGCCGGUAUUCAGCAGAUCAAAGCCAAGCACAUUCAGUGAUAUAUUGAUUCCUUGGCCGCGGAAACCAGGAAACCAAAACAAAGACUUGGAUUCUGGCCUUGAUUUGCAGAACAAACGCGAUCGGCUCUUCUGGCGUGGCACGAUUGAGCAUGGUGCAUUGUCAAAUCAACUUUAUUAUGGAGGGCACCAAGAGAGGCUUGUCCAUCUUGUUAAUAAUGCCUCCAAAUCGGACGAGGUCAUUACCAUCAUGGCCACGGACGGGAAAGACUCCGAUGGAAACAAACCUUUCAAGUACGAGCCAGUAGGCACAUGGGAAAUGAAUCAGGUGCUGCUGCCAGAUGUCAGGAUUGGCGAAUAUAGGUCCUGCAAAACUCCCGAACAAAUUACUACGAGAUCCUGCCGUUCGAUUAUGGAAGAGUUCGGCCCUGCAGUGGAAGCCGAUACACCUAUCUUCAACAAUCGAUACGUCCUCUUGACAGACUCCGACACUACGGGAGUUUCAAACACCGGGCCUGGCAGCGACAUUAUUAUGGACGCGCUCGAUUCGUCCGCCCUCCCCUUCGUGGGCACCAUCUUCCGCGAGUGGUAUUCAGAACGACUGAGGCCGUGGCUACACUUUGUACCUGUCGAUCUUCGGUACACCGCGUUACAUAGCACGCUGGCGUACUUUAUGGGGCUGGAUGGUAGAGGCCUAAUCAAGGGCCGGGAUUCCGGGGUGGAGACACACUUGGAGAAUGCUGUCUGGAUCGCCGACCAGGGAAAGAAGUGGGCGGCGAGGGCUCUGAGGCCGGAAGAUGCGCACAUCUACCUUUUCAGACUGCUUCUCGAAUGGGGCAGGAUCAUCAACGAUGAUAGAGACCGGAUGAACUACAUUCUAGAAAACAAGGCUUAG